UUUGAAAAUCUAUGUCAUUUCUAUUGAUAGUAACUGGCAAUAAUGGAGUAACUAGCUGGUGGAGAAAAAGUACGGCUGGGCUACCGCUGGAAAGGGGCGCCCUCCCCCUCUAUCAAGGCCUGCCAGUAGUUCCAGUCAAUCUGCGAUAUGUCGACGGGAGGCUCCUCGGCGGUGCCAGAGAGGACAAGAUCUCCCCCCGUAUCCCGGACGGCUGCAACAGCAGCAGCAGCGGGAGAGAGGUACUCGUCGAGCACGGGAGACACCUGGGCAGAGGGAGAAGACGGGCGCCAAUCCCUGCGAGUGCUGCGGAGUUUAGCUACAGAUGCGGGCUCGGUUGCGUGCUGGAGAAGAUGCGAGGAGGUCUGGGUUACGGAUGAGAGCUUGUCCCACGCCCUGGUGGUCAGACUGACGAGGGCAGAGACGAGGGUGUUUGUUCUUGCGGCGGUGAUGAUCUCCGGGUGGUCAGCGUAGAGCUGGUUGACUCUCUCCCAUGCCUG